AUGGCGGGCGGAGCCAAGAAACCCAUCAACAUCUUUCGCCUGAAGAACCUGGGUGAGCCCAAGGAGGUGUUCAAUUGGCGCCUGUGGUUUGCCGUGAUCUCUUUCGGUCUCAUGGGCGCCGCUCGUGGAAUCGAUGAGGGUUUGAUCUCGGGUGCCUUUAACUCCAAGGAUUUUCAACGCUACAUCAACUUCGACUCUUACAGCUCCGUCGAACAAACCAACAUCAAGGGCAAUGUCUCGGCCAUGGUGCAGAUUGGAUCCGUUGGAGGUGCACUCUUUGCUUUCGUGGUAUGUGACCGUAUCGGCCGUAUCUGGGCUACCCGGCAGCUGUGUAUCUUGUGGAUUCUGGGUAUGGCCAUCUUCAUGGGCAACCGAGGCAGCCUUGGUGCUGUGUAUGCCGGUCGCUUUGUUGCAGGCUUGGGUGUGGGACAGACCGUGGUCGUAGGCCCAGUCUAUCUAGCGGAGAUUGCUCCCGCUGCAAUUCGGGGUCUCUGCACUUGUGUCUUCACAGGAUUCGUUUAUUUGGGCAUUGUUCUGGCGUACUUUGCAAAUUAUGGCUGCGAGGUCAAUCUUGGAGACCACACACACAACCGUUGGCUGGUCCCCACGAGUCUGCACAUUAUUUUCGCCGGCCUCAUCUUCCUCUUGUCGUUCCUCCAGUACGAAUCACCGCGCUAUCUCGUCAAACAAGGGAAGAUCGACAAAGCACUUGAGUACCUCUCCCGUGUCCGCAACUUGCCAUUAGACCACGAGUAUGUUGUGCAAGAGAUGAAUGGAAUUCAAAGUGCCCACCAGAUCGAAAUGGAGGCUACCAUGGGAUCUGGUCCCCUGGGAGUGAUCAAGGAGACAUUCUUGAUUCCCGCCAAUCUCUACCGAGUCUAUCUCACGCUCAUGGCCCAGCUCCUGUCUCAAUGGUCUGGUGCCGGAAGUAUCACUGUCUACGCGACGGAUUUGUUCAAGCUCCUCGGCAUCACGGGCAACAAUGAGAACUUGCUAGUCACGGCAGUUUUCGGAAUCAUCAAGCUCGUGGCCGCUAUCCUGUGUGCCCUCUUCCUGGUUGAUGUCAUUGGACGCAAGCGAGCCCUCCUCCUGGGAAUCACCCUACAGGCUAUUGCCAUGCUCUACAUUGCUGGGUUCCUGACCGCGGUACCGGAGAUGGGUGUGGUCGAUGGCUUCAAGCUCCCGGAGAAUAAGAAGGGUGCAAGUGAGGGUGCCAUUGCCAUGAUCUAUAUCUCUGGAUUCGGAUGGGCACUGGGCUGGAACUCCAUGCAAUACUUGCUGACGGCUGAGCUGUUCCCGCUGCGUAUUCGGGCUCUAGCCACGUCGCUGGCCAUGACCCUGCACUUUGCCAACCAGUAUGGCAACUCCCGGGCCGUACCAAACAUGCUCCUCCCCGUUGCCGAUGGCGGAAUUGACCCCAAGGGCACAUUCUGGUGCUUUGCGGCGGUGACCAUAGUAGGUGGAAUCUGGGUGUGGUUCAGCGUGCCGGAGACCGCAGGUCGCACCCUGGAGAGCAUGGACCGACUCUUCGCGCUGCCCUGGUACAAAAUCGGUCUGUACGGAAAUCGGGAUGCCGAGGAGCAGGAUCAGGUUAUCAACGAAAAGAUGGAGAUGGUGGCACAGACCGAUGGGACUGCUCAUCAUGUCGAGCGGACAGAUCCAUCGUCCCGGGUAUGA